AGGCCAGUUUCGAAUCCUAUAACAUUUAAAAUGGAAAAUUACCUUUGACACAGUUUUUCAGCCCAGCAUUAAGUCUGAUCUGCGUCUAGACUAAAGGGGUUUGGAGGUAGUUUAAAACAAAGCCUCUCUUGUUAAUGCCCAGGCUUGAAGCCACGGUCAAAUGCAGCGUCAGUCCUGCCUAUGCAUUUUCCAAAAUCCAGAAGGAAGAGAUCGGAUCAGUUUCCCGCAGUAUUUUGUCUCACUGUUUGAUGUUUGGGCUUCUGUUACUCUGCAUACAUGACUGUGGAUUUCAUGCAAAUCUAGUCUGCAGUUUAUUCUAAAGGACUACGCCAGAGGAUCGUCAGUGGUCAGUUAGUAUGCUCUCUGCCUGGGCCUGCGGUGUACUGCUCCUGGGGUUUAUUGUUGGAUCACCACUCCACCACAGUGACACAAAGAACAGCACAAGCGAUAAUGCGGUACCUCCCCAUCCAGUGAACUCCUCCAACGCUACUGUUGACUGUGAAGGCCCCUUCUGUGGUUCCUCCCAGAACAACACUGAGUCAGAAAAUGCUACAUUAAUUUCCAGUGGAAAAAGGAUGUUUUUCCAGCUUCCCUCCCAUGUGAUCAGAAGGUUUUCGGGGACUUCUCGAAAAGCAGGCUGCAUUUUACCUACGUGUGCCGUGCACCACCUGUCUGAGAAGCUCCAGGCUGGAGAUGAGUCAGCUGGAGAUACCCAUGACCCUUAUGGGAUAGGAAAGAGAUGAGGGCCGAAAAGGAGGAGGAUCUUUCUAACGCAUUUAUUCUGGAAAGAAAAAUGAAUUCAUUAAUAAUUUCAGGGCUGCAACAUUUUGGCAGCUGCGAUUUUGAUGAUGUAACAUAAGCCACCCAAGUAAGAUUAAAAGUUAUUCAUACUGGACGGUUCUGUUGAAAUGACCUUCCUUGUGUAUCAACUGCUCUUUUUUUUUCUUAAAUAAAAUGAUUUUCAGUUUUGUUUUAGUCAAGGGUAGAAUUUUUGAACAUAGUACAUCAUGUUUAGAUUUUUUCCUUAAAAACGAGAUAAAGCCUUAGAACGAAGUUUGAACACCACAGGCAAAAUUAGGUUUUGUUGAUUUUCUAAGUGAAAAUACAUUAACACAUCCUGAGAACAUAGUUCUACACAUUUUAGUACACAUUUCUUGCAGAGAACAUACUUAAAUAUUGAAUUUUCUGCAAGUUUUACUGCAAUGUUUGUUUUUGUUUAUUGUUUGUCUUUGUUAAUUUGACAUAUUAAAAAAUAUGAACCUUU